CUUUAACCAAGCCACAGCUUCCAAGCUCUUAAACGUCCCAUUCAUUCAUCUAUACUGAAAUAUCGAUAGCCUUCCUUUCUGUUAUGUGCUCACCUUUGUGCAACCCACACCCUGCACGCCGUUGCCCAGAAGCAUAAAGCUCCCAUAGGUCAGUGCUGUUGUGCGGGGGAAGCAGAAGCUUGCCCGCAUAUUGCGUCAACCCAGGUUGCGAUCACGAAUCUCGCACUACAACCACAUCGUGCAUUUCCGCACCCUCUUUCAGCAAUCAGCCACAGCACCAAGGCCAUGGACAGCAGCCAAGCAGCUGCCCCCGAUGCGGGAGGCCGCGUGAGCGUGAGCGCACAUGAACACCAGAGCAGCGCAUCCCACGACUCUACAAACACCAGUUCACCGACGACGCGCGACUCGCUAGAUCGAAAGAGCGUCAGCUUCUCCGAACCUCGCGAACCCUUCAUGGCCUCCGGCUCCCGCAAACGCAGCUUCCGCCGACAACAAGAACUCAGCGAGAGAGAUGCCGCCACCAGCUCAGCGGACGAGUCCGCGCCCAUAAUGAGGCACGCGCAGGGGAACUCGAAGAAUGAUUACCAGAGUAUAAGUCCGAGUAUAGCGGCGAAAGAGAGUGCGAAUGCGACAGGGACGGACGAUAGUGCAACGGCGCAGGAAGGCACUACGGGGACUGUGCAGACAGGCAGCACGCAGGAGAGAACGGCGGAAGCGGAGAGAGAGGCGGCACAGGUGGUAAGGAGGGAGGGCGGGAGGUGGAGGAAGUGGUUGGAAAAAUACGGCAGUGUGGAGUUGGAGAAUAAAGGGUCUGUAGCUCGCGACCAUCUAGCUCUAGAGCGCACCUUCCUCGCCUGGCUCCGCACCUCCCUUUCCUUCGCUAGCAUCGGCAUCGCAGUAACCCAACUCUUCCGUCUCAACACCACCAUCGCGCCCUCCAAUCCCUCCGACCCCAGUGCUACCCCGCAAGCACGCCUCCGCCACGUCGGCAAGCCCCUCGGCGCAACCUUCAUCGGCAUCUCUGUCGUCAUCCUCUUCAUCGGCUUCCACCGCUACUUCGAGGCCCAGCACUACGUUAUAAGGGGCAAGUUCCCCGCCAGUAGGGGCAGCAUAUUGGUAGUCAGUGCCGUCGCGGGCGCUCUGAUAUUGAGUAGUCUGGUUGUUAUUUUGGCUAUCGCACCGCGGGCUUUUGAGAGUUGAAAAAAGAGGACGCAUCUGCAUCGGCGUUCGGGCAUAUUGGGAGGGGUAUCUCGAAUUUUCCAUAUCUAUCUGAGUGAGGAUUAUUGAUCCUG